AUGGCGGCAAAGGCUGCUGGAAUUGACAAGAAGCGCAAGGCGCCGUCCGCUGUCAAAGAGAAAUCGAGUGGCAAGCCCAAGAAGCCCCGUGCUGAAGAAAGCCCAGCCGACGAGAUGGACCUUGAUGAAGAGGACUUUGAGGAUUUCUCUGGUUCGGAGGACGGGGGUGCGAAGCUGGAUGAGAGACCGGCAAAGAAAGGCAAAACAAGCGGUUCCAAUGGCAAGAGCUUUGAACAAGAUGCCGGCCUGACAUCGCGCGAAACCCAUGCCAAACAGAAGCAACUAGCCCUCGAGCGCAAGGCCGCCAAGCCCCUUGCCGACGAAGUUCAGCGAACGAAGAAGAUUUGGGAACGUUUGCGCAUCAAGUCCAGUGUGCCCAAAGACGAGCGCCAGAAGCUAGUCGACGAGCUGUUCACCAUCAUCACCGGUCGCAUGCGUGACUUUGUCCUCAAGCACGACGCUGUGCGCGCGGUGCAGACUGCCCUCAAGUAUUCCGGCUCAACACAGAGGAAGCAGAUCGCCAUGGAGCUGCAAGGUGCGUACGCUCAAUUGGCGGAGAGCAGAUAUGCCAAGUUCCUCAUUGGCAAGCUGCUGGUCAACAAUGACGACGAGAUUCGCGACAUGAUCAUCCCCGAGUUCUACGGCAGGGUCCGCAAGAUGAUCAACCACCCUGAGGCCUCGUGGAUCUUGGACGACAUCUACCGCACAGUGGCAACGAAGGAGCAGAAGGCCAGACUGUUGCGCGAGUGGUACGGUCCGGAAUUUGUGAUCAAGGAGAUGGCCAAUGAUACGGAAGUCACUGCCGACCUGAAGAAGAUUCUCGAGGCGGAACCGAGCAAACGGGGACACAUCACCAAGAGUCUGUUCGACAUGAUCAACACACUCGUGCAGAAGAAGAUGACUGGUUUCACCAUGCUCCACGAUGCGAUGCUGCAGUACUUCCUCAACUCGACACCGGGCACGGAGGAGUUCAACGAGUUCUCGGAGAUUGUCAAGGGCGAUGAAUCGGGCGAUUUGCUUAAGAAUCUGGCGUUUACAAAGUCCGGAACCCGUCUCACCUGCCUUUUACUGGCGUACGGCAGUGCAAAGGACAGGAAGCAUCUGUUGAAGGCGUUCAAGGACACAUUCCAGAUGAUGGCGGGCGACCAGUAUGCCCACCUCGUCAUCUUGACGGCCUUUGAUGUCAUCGACGACACAAAGCUCACCUCCAAGAGCAUCUUCCCUGAGAUUCUAGGCGAGGGUGGCGAUGCACAAGUGCAGAAUGUGCUAGAGGCCGUCCACAACCCAUUCGCAAGGUCCACGAUUCUCUACCUGCUCGAGGGCAUGUCCAAGUCAUUGUUCCCUGCUGGUCAGGCCUACGAUGUCGAGGUCUUGAACGAAGUUCAUGAAAUUCGCAAGACAACAAGUAAGAAGGACCCCGAGGCCCGUCGACAGGAGCUCGUUGCCGCCUUCUCGCCUCAGCUGAUCAGUGCUGUGGCUGCCACACCGCGCGAGCUCACCUCGUCAACAUUCGGCUGCCAACUCGUCGCCGACGUGAUGCUCUCCUGCGAGGGUGACAAGUCAUCCGCCCUGGAUGCCAUUGCACAAUGUGCCGAGGGUGCGCCGACGGCAGUAGUAGAGGGGGCCGAUGAUGUGGCGCCUCCUGUGCACAUUUCACAGACCGCAUUUGGCAGCCGGAUGCUGAAGUCGCUCAUUCAGGGAGGUCGAUUCGACAAGGCCGCUGGGAAGGUGAUCCUCGUCGAGCCACCGCUGAAUUUCUCCGACACGUUGUAUGCGGUGAUCAAAGACCAUGUCCUCGACUGGGCGACCGGGCCUGGCUCGUUCGUCAUCGUCGGGCUCGUCGAGGCAAACGACUUUAGCGACAAGGAGGCGCUCAGGAAGGUGCUGAAGAAGAACAAGAGCAUUCUGGAGAAGGCGGCGACUGAGGCAACAGCCGAGCAAAAGGCGGCAAAGGAGUCAGAGAAGAAGGAGGCCAAGUCAAAAUCGAACAAGAAGGGAGCUAAGAAGGGGGAGAAGCCCGUUGGCAACAUGGGCAGCAAGAUCCUGUUGAAGGCGUUAUAA